AUGGCAACCCUCAGCCGACCCGUUCUCUUCCUCCUCACCACGCUCUUCCUUUUCUACGGAUUCAGCGCCGCCUUCCCCUCCUUCCCCGGCGCCCUCGAGCCGCGCUGCUGGAAAAAGGGCUGCGACCACUGCGAGCGCUGGACCGUCACCAUCGACCACCCCGGCUCCUGCAACAGCGUCAACCGCGACAACCUCAAGGCCGCCAUCGACAGCACCUUCGUCAACUACGCUGGCAACUGCAGAGGCGAAGAGGCCGCCUUUAACAACCAGGCUAUCCCUGGCAUUCAGGGCAUUGGCUGCAGAGUCACUGUCCACUUCCCUCGUGGCAACAAGGGCGUUGACUGGGGUGGCUUGAUCGGUUCCAACCUGGUUGGCACCGCCAGCUGGGCCAUCUCUGGCACUUCGAAUGAUGGCAGUGUUCACUGUGGUGGCGCUUGCCAGUGGUGA